CCCAGCCUCAAACCUCUGACCUGCUUCCCUUCAGACCCGCCUCCCUGCUCUUGGGCCCCGGCGUCCAGGCGGGCAGUGCGGGAGACAGAACGCUGGCGCUGGCAGCAGAGAUCCUGGGUUUGAAUUGUGACCGCUUUACUUACUAGCUGGGUGACCUCAGAGAGAAGAUGCCCGCAGUUCACGUCGAAGACCUGUCUGAAAAAGACAAGCUGAAGAUGGAGGUGGCGCAGCUCCGGAAGGAGGCGAAGCUGCAGAGGCAGCAGGUUUCCAAGUGUUCCGAAGAAAUUAAGAAGUACAUCGAGGCGCGCUGUGGUGAAGACCCGCUGGUGAAGGGCAUCCCGGAAGACAAGAAUCCAUACAAGGAGAAAGCAGGCUGCACUAUCUCCUGAGCGGCUCCCCCUCAUUCCCCCCCGGCUGCCAGCCGAGGUCAAGGUCAAGGCCAAGGCUAAGGCGGCUCUGCCCAGACCUUAGGUUCCCCCGGACACACUCACAAUUGUGUGUUUCCUCGCGGCUUUGCAGGGAAACGCUAAAGCUCUGGCAUUAUGAUUCCGGCGGCUCCAGAAGCAGAUUCUGGAAGUCUUCACGACCCUCGCCCCUGGGCUUCAGGAAAGAGGCGCCGGCUCCGACAACGCUCUGAGGAGGAGCAUUCCCGCCCACGCCUCCACUCCUCCUUUCCCUCAAUAAAGCUCUCUCUCCCCUUU